AUGUCGUUCUUUGGCUUCGAUCCAUCUGCCAAGCCUGGCAAACGCCACGGCGACAGAAAAGCCAACUUGGACAGUUUUCAAAACUUUGACGAUGAAAUAAAUUCAGAGGAGGAAGAUGCUUUGAAUGAAGAGACUUUCGGAACAGACGUUUCCAAUAUGGGUGCAGACUUUGACUUCUCUGCUGGGUUUGGGGCCAACCAGAACAAGCCGAAGGCAGGAUUGAAACCUGCCCCUGUGCAUAAUGCAGUUGCAGAAGCAGGUAUUUCUUAUGCUGAGGCUGCAAAGACUGCACAGGCACCCGAAGAUGCGUCGACUUUGAAACCAAUGGAGUCGCUUUGGGGUGGUUCUGACAAGAGCGGUAGCCAGCAGGCACAGCAGGCCCAGAAUCAGCCUGUUGGAGACCCUGGAAGCGCUUCUGCACGAGAUGACAAGAAAGUUUACUCUCUGGAGGAAAUUGAGGCCAGAAUAAGAGCCCAGCCCCCUCCUCCACAGCUGUCACAGCCGCAAAUGGGUCCGCAGCGGAUGCUUCCACCGGGAAUGAACCCGUUCAUGCUCCCACCACAGGCUCAGCAGCAGAUUUUGGCUUCGGCAGUUGCCUCUGGCAGAUAUCCUGAUAUUGCUACUGCAGCAAGGGCCAUGACGCAGAUGAUGAUGGCUCCGCCUCCAAUGGGACCUUCUGGAAUGCAACAGGGACCAAUUCCACCGCCAUUUAUGGGAUUUCCACAGAUGCCAGGUAUGAGUGGCCCUGUUUCGAGUGGUGGGUCUGUUAAUCAGCAGCAGCAACAACAGCAACAACAACAACAACAGCAGCAGCAGCAGCAACAGCCUCACGCACAGCCUUCGCAGCUGCCAGUGCGUCCAGUUGCACCAGUUGCACUGCAGGCUGAUGAUAAUACUUCUUCUGCAAACGUUUCUGGAGAAUCUGCGUACCCUUCCCCUCCACCAGCUUCUUCUGGAAGUGAUCAUGUGGGAAACGAGCAGCAAAAUCAACAUAAUCAGAAUCAGCAACAACAACAACAACCACAACAACAACUACCUCAUCAAUUACCUCAACAACCUCGCCAACACCAACAACACGGAUAUGUCGGCGGAAACAACUACCGUGGACGCCACUUCUAUAACCAGCAACACAGGCAGUUCCAGCGUCAGCGUCAGAUUGAAGGUAUGACGGAUGAGGAAAAGCAGAAGUACUUCGCCAGGCAGGAGAAGGUCAAUCGUAUCACCCGGGCUUCCGGGUUCAUGAAUCCCCGUGAUAAGGACUUUGUGACGAGAUUCCAGCUCUCACAGAUCGUCACAGAUGAUCCGUACAACGAGGAUUUCUACUGCCAGGUGUACAAAGUGCUCAAUUCUUCAGUGGAAGCCAACAGUAUGAACUCGUUGGCCAAGAAGUAUCUUGAGCAGUCAGGCCACCGACUAGGCGGCAGAUCCAAGCGUGCAGACAUUGCUCUACAGAGAAUGCAGCAGCAGGUGUCGAAGGCCGUGUCUGUUGCCAAGGAACGCGGAAAAAGAACAGGUGUGUUGACCAAAGAGGGAGCACUUGGAAAAGUGUCUUUUGCAAGCGGAAAGCAGCCCAGACAGCUGUUGGUGGUGAACUCGUCGGACCCCAAGAGUGCGAACAGCGAGGUUCCAGCCGAGUACAAGUUCCCACAGUCUUCCAGAACGUUCAGGCUCUCGAUUGUCGAAAGUAUAUACUCGGAGGUGCUCAAGCAGGAGUCUCUGGAGAGAGAGAGCGGACAGGUUGACGAUUCGGAGCUUUGGAACUGUCUGAAGACCAACCAGGGCGAGGGAGCUUCCGCAAAUUCUCCAAUCGAUCCGUUCAUCUCAGUGCUCUCAUUUGACAAGAUGAUGAAGGUGUUCAACCGGGUUUUCCACCUGCUCACACCGCUUCACCGGGCAGAGUUGGUCGAGCUCAUUUUUAGGGAGUUACACAAAGUUGAGGUUGUUCACAGGGGCUCGUACGAGCUCUAUGCGGACAAAAACUACGAGCUACCCAAGGAGGUCAAGGCCCAGAUUGAGAUGUUCCAGACCACCGUUUUGAAAGCUUUGGUUCUAUACCUCAGUGAGUCGCCCUUCUCCAUUGUGCUUCACUUCCUCGAUGUUCUUCUCCAGAGCAAUACCGUUCCAUUCCUCGUGACAACCAGAAUCGGCUUGUCGCUUAUAACUGUGCUCAUAUCAAGGCUUGAAUUGAUCAAGCAAGAGAUGACCAAUGGCAUAAGUGCUCAGGACUUGUCCCACUGGCAGCAAACCUACAACAAGCUCUUCCAGUUCUUGGAGGGCAGAAUUACCAUUGUCUUCCCACCCUACUUCUCUAACGAUGAGCAGAAGUUGGUCAGAAACUCGGACUCGGAUGGCAACGACUCUUAUAUUUGGGAAUUCCUCGCCUCGUUGUCUUUGGCAGGCCAGCUUAGCCACCAAAGAAUUGUUGUCGAUGAGGUUAGAGAUGAAAUCUUUGGUGCUAUGGCCACCAGCAAGAGGUUGAGGGAGGCCGGCGAUUCUGCCAAGGCCGAAAAGCAUCUCUCCGAAUUAAACUUGUUCCUCAACGUUAUUGGCCUUAAGGCCAACGAGGAUGAUAUCACUGAGCUUACAGACUAG